AAUAGUGAGCGGGCCGGUCCCUCCCCAAGGUUUUGCCCUAGGUCCCAAUCUCGCCGGGUGUGGAAAUGCGCGGUUAUUCUGCCCCAGAGCCCAGCGAAAAUGAUACUGCGCCGAGGGAAUUCUCACUUUCGGAUAGUGAACAUCUGGAAAGGUCGCAUUCCCUCUUGUUAGUUUCCUGACCUGGGUAAGAACGGGCCGCGUUUGACCCUUACCGGCCACCGUACAGACCUUCCUGGGCUUGGAUCCUUCGGAGUGUAUUCUCUUUGUCAUUUAACCUUUGUGACUGAUGGAAUUUGUGACCCUCCCCUCCCCUGUUUUAAAGCUCAAAAUGUCAGUCGAGCCACGCCCCUCCCCUUUGCCCUUGAAACUCUGGUAACUAGGCUGUCGCGGUCGUCACGUGACGCCGGUGUCCUGCGUUUCCUCGCUGGGCAACCGUCCUAGAGACCUACAGCCGCUGGCUGCAACAUGAACGUGAUCUACCCACUGGCGGUGCCCAAAGGGCGCCGGCUCUGCUGCGAGGUGUGCGAAGCCCCAGCCGAGCGAGUGUGCCCUGCCUGCACAGUCACUUAUUACUGUGGUGUGGUGCAUCAAAAAGCUGACUGGAAUAGCAUCCAUGAGAAGGUAUGUCAGCUCCUGAUUCCAUUGCGCACUACCAUGCCCUUCUAUAAUUCAGAGGAAGAACGGCAGCAUGGCUUGCAGCAGCUACAGCAGCGACAGAAGCAUUUGAUUGAAUUCUGCUACACUGUUGCCCAGAAGUAUCUUUUUGAAAAAAAAUAUGCAGAAGCUGUUCCAGCAGCUUUGCAUUCCCUUCGCUUCCGCCGGAGUGUGUACGGCCUGAGUUCAGUAGAGCUCGUGCCUGCUUACCUGCUAUUGUCUGAGGCCAGCCUUGGUAUGGGCCGGAUUGUUCAGGCUGAAGAAUACCUAUCCCAAGCCCAAUGGACAGUCCUCAAGUCAACUGACUGUCAAAAUGCAACACAGUCAUUAUUGCAUCGGAACCUGGGACUUCUCUACAUAGCCAAGAAGAACUAUGAGGAAGCCCGAUAUCAUCUGGCCAAUGAUAUUUAUUUUGCCAGUUGUGCAUUUGGAACAGAGGACAUCAGGACCUCAGGAGGCUACUUCCACUUGGCUAAUACCUUCUAUGGUCUUCAAAAAGUGGACCUAGCAGACACAUUGUACACUAAGGUCUCAAAGAUCUGGCAUAAAUAUUUGAAUGAACACUAUCAAGUCCUCUCACAGGCUCAUGUAGAACAAGCAGACUUACUGCGCAAACGAUUUGUGAAUGACACUGGCUUGGAUGAAGCCCAGGAAGCAGAAGCCAUUCAGAUCCUGACUUCAAUCUUGAGCAUUCGAGAAUCAACUUCUGACAAAGCUCCUGAAAAGACUAUCUUUGUUCUGAAAACCUUGGUCAUGCUUCACUACCUGAUGAUGAAUUCUUCCAAGGCAAAAGAAUAUGCCAUACAAGCCCUCAAUCUGGCCAAAAAACUGGAACUCAGUGACGAAGAGCAAAGCAACAUUGAAGAAUUACUACACCUCAUCUCAGCUGAAGAAGAGCAUCCCAUUACUUAGUGACCCAUGAGCUCUGCAUCAUGGCUAUUGAACGCCUAAUACAUUUCAGUCUUGCUCAGCGGCUACUGGUCCUCUGGAUUGCUGAAGUGUCCACAUUUUUUCCAUGGGACUGCACCCAUAGGUGGGAUUUUUUAGCAUAUGUGAGGGAAUAUAGAGCUUUAGGCAUAGAAAUCAGUAAAACUACUGUUUAUCAUGAAUUUGUCCUUGGUUUAUUAUGAUUUUGUAUGACUUUGAGUAAUGUGUGGUCAGGUCACUAAUAAGUAUUUGUACUUAAACUGUAAAUAGUUUGUCAUAUUUCCCAAAAGUCUCUCAGUGAUGUGUUUCAUAAGUCUAUGCCAAGUGAGGAGUAGAGAAUAGAGCUAUAUUGGAGCAAAGUUUUAUAUUCUAUUGGAAUUAAGUUAGCAUUAAUCUGAGGCAGAUUGUGACAAAAUAUCCAUUGUAAUUCCUACAGCAAUCACUAAGAAAAUAACUCUUAAAAUAGUUAAAAAUUAACAAAGAUUUAAAUGGUGCACUAGAAAAUAUCCACUUACAGCAAGAGAAGGCAGUAAAGGAGGAAUAGAGGAACACAAGAGACCCGGAACAUUGAGAAGACAGCAAAAUGCGACGUAAACAAGAAAUGAGGACUUCACAAGUCAAGAGAGCCCAGGAUGCAUGGGCUGAGAUGCCGUUCCAAGCUGGUGUCUUUAAUAUCUCGUACAGUAAUUUGAAGCAGAAGUGAGCCAUCUUAUACUCCGUGGGAGAGAGGCACUCUGAAAGGCCACCUGUGAUGCAGAGGACAGAGUUCAGGCCUUGCGCUCAGUAAUGCCAGAGUUUAAAACCCAGGUUUCUUACAUGAUAGCUUUGGGACCUUGAUCCCACAUAGCUUUACGCAUUAUUGUUGUGAAAUGGUCUAGAUGUGGCCACACCUGUAUCGGCUUGUCCCAUCUUGAUGACUUUGGACACUUAGCACAUCCUUUUUUCCCCUCCUUUAGCUCUUUUCUGAACUUAACAAAAAGCAUUUGCUUCCUGGGUAGAUCCACACACAGGGUGAAUAUGUGCAGAUCAGGAACCUGUCAGAGAGUUUUAUGAUCCUCACUGUAGAUUAAUUCAUUCAGAUACAAAUAAUAAAAAUAUGUCAGAUGGUUUACCCUGCCCCUUUAUGUAAAAUCAGCUGGAACCUCCAUUCCCUACCUUUGGAGAUUCUCAUACUUCUCUAAGAUGGCUGUGCAGUCCCUGGGGCUCACUUGUCUUUCAGCCAUUUCUUCAUCCAGUUUGAAGCUUCAGCAUAAUAUUCUCCAAUCUGCAUUGUAUAGCUGUUCCUUCUCUUUAGGAAUACAACCACCUCUUCUUUUUUCUCAUUCCCUAACCCCAAAUAGGAACCAGCUCUUUUAAAGAGACUCUUAGUGAAGACUGGGGGGCAAAGAGGAGGAUCAACAAUUCUACAGAAGAUAAUAAAAAAAAAAAUUAGAACUUCCAAUUCUAAAAUCAUCCUUUAAAGUCUAUGCUGUUACACUCUAGCUCUCUCCCUUACCAUAUCCAAUGGCCCUUCUCUGUUUUCUUUUUAACCCUUAUAUAUUUUCUGUUUUCUCUAAUCCUGAAUUCCUGUUCAUUAAUACUUCUGCACUGAAUCUAUUUGUAUAGUUAUUAUUUAAGUUAAAUUCUUUAAAUUUUUUGUUUCUAUUAACUGAUUUUCUUUUUAUUUAUAGGCCAUUAUUUUUCUUUUCUACAUGUCCAAUAAUUUCAUUUUCAGUAUUUCUUCUUUUCUAACACUUGUGUUUUCAGGCCAUAAUUUUUCCUCAAAACAGUGCUUUCAAUGAUCCCACCUAUUUUAAAAUGCAAUAUUUUAUUUUUAUUCUUAGUGUUUUAAAAUUUUUUAUGACUCAUGAAUCAUUAGAAAGAUGAAUAGUUAGUCAGCUUUCCAUGACUGUGACAAAAUACCUGAGAUAAUCAACUUAUAAAGAGGAAAGAUUUAUUUUUGAUCACAGCUGCAGAGCUUUCAGGCUAUCAUUAUUUGACUUCAUUGUUUUGGGGCCUGUGAUAAAGUAGAACACUGUGAUGGAGAGUGUGUGGUAGAGCUAAGCUGCGCACCUCAUAGUGGCCUGGAAGCAAAAAUGAGAGCAAGGGACAUAUCCCCUUCAGGGGCGUGCCCGAAAUGACCUGAAUUCCUUCCUCUAAGCCCCACCUCCUAAAAGUGCCACCACUUCCCAAUAGUGCCACAGCUGGCAGCCAAGCUGUUAGCAUUUGGGUCUUUGGGGGACAUUUAAGAUCCAAUAUGAUUCUUAACUUCUAAAGGAAGGUGAUUUUCUUUCUUUGUUGUUGAUUGCUGGCUUAGUUUUCUUGUGGUCAUAGAACAUGUUGCAUACAAUUUUGAUAGAGAUUAGUUGAAAUUUAGAUUAUGACCCAGGAUAUGGCCAUUAUCUAUAAAUGUUCCACAUGUGUUAGAAAAGAAUGGAAUUAUUAGGAGCAAGGUCCUGUAUGUGCCCAUUAAGUAAAAUUCAUUCAUAUUUUCAAAUUUUUGCUGAUUUUUUUGGUACCAGGGAUUGAACCCAGGGGCACUUAACCACUGAGCCACAUUCCCAGCCCUUUUUUUAUAUUUUGCAUUUAGAGACAGAGUCUUGGGCUGGGGAUGUGGCUCAAGCGGUAGCACGCUCGCCUGGCAUGCGUUCGGCCCGGGUUCGAUCCUCAGCACUACCUACAAAGAAAGAUGUUGUGUCUGCCGAAAACUAAAAAAUAAAUAUUAAAAUUCUCUCUCUCUAAAAAAAAAAAAACAUAGAGACAGGGUCUUGCUGAGUUGCUUAGGGCCCCGCUAAGUUGCUGAGGCUGACUUUGAACUUGCAAUCCUCUUGUCUCAGCCUCCUGAGCCACUGGGAUUACUACAGGCAUGUGCCACUGUGCCCAACUUUUGCCAAAUUUUUGUUAAUUCUCAAGAGAGGUAUGUAAUCAUGAAUUUAUCUGUUUCUCCUUAUAGUUGUGUCAAUUUUUGCUUAAUAUACUUUAAGGCUUUGUUAUUAGCCAUAUAAAUUUAAAUAGAAUUAUGUUUUCCUGGUGAAUUAAAUUUUAGUAUUGUCUCUACCAAAGCUUUUGACUUAGUCUAUUUUGGUCUUAAUAAAGCUGCACCCAUUUCCUUGGGGGCUGGAUUAUUUGUUGUCAGUUAGGCAUCCUCACCAUUGCCUUCAUCAUUUACUUCUGCUUAGAGGAGGAGCUUGGAAGUCAAUUCCCAUUGUGCCCUUUCUUUAAUGAUUAAGGGUAAAAUUCUGCCAGUGAGGGCCGACUGCUCAAGAUUUGGAAGUUGCAUAUGGAGCACUCAUGAAUCUCUCCAAGAAUAAUCCGUUCUUGUUUUCCUGAAAGCAUAUUUCCUGUGAAAGCAGCUUGCUGACCUUUGUUUUCUGAUUUUUAUCACUCAGCUAUUUAAAAGAUUGUGUAAGCUUCUGAUUCCCUCCAUUAAAUAAAUCUGUUUAUUCACAAUACUUAA